UUGGGUGGAAUUCAAACCCAGGGUGCUGAGAAGGCAGGGCAGGGGCUCAGCUUCACUCGCUAAACUUCAUAGAGCCAUCAGACCACAGACAAGACAAACACGAACACGCUUAUGACUGAGCAGAAAUACAUCUGAAGAAGGUUAAAUCUGAAUGUAAACACAUUACUCUGUUCUCAAGUACUGCAACAAGCCAUAAGAAAGUGACUUUCAAGAAGUGCCAACAAAUGGUCAUAAAAGGCAAAGAAGACCCAUUGAUGAGAGUUUUGAAAGCAGGUAACACUUUGAAGGCAGCAUAACAAGUGACAAGUAAAUUUGACUAAUAAGAAUAUUAUCAUUUUACUUUAAUUACAACUAUAAACAAGAACAAGAAGAAAUAUCAGCACAUUCCAGCUGGGAAAACCAUGGAGCACCUUCCACAGACAAAAGGCAAAGGAGUCCUGAUGUUUGCAAGACGCCGUCAAAGGAUUGAUGAAAUUGCUGCAGAACACGAGGAGCUGAGGAGUAAAGGCAUACCCGUGGAAGCAUUUGUGGAACCUGAGACUGAUGCAUCUUCAAGACGUCCACCUCAGGAGGACAUUCCUCCUGUCCAGCAAAAUGGACAAAUCAAGCAUCAAUAUCAUUAUCAUCAAAGUCAACAGCAGAUCUUUCAGCAGCCAAACACUGGUAUAAAUGGUCUGGAUUCCUGUCAAGAUUCUUCAACAUCCAAACCCCUUGUGUCCAAUAGAACGGCUAAACCUUUUCUGAGUGGUGCAAAUCAAUCCCCAACAUCAUUUUCUCCUCUUAGUGCACCAAGCCCAACAAUGAAAAAAUCUGAAAAUAUUUUCAAAGUUCCUGUACCAGUAAAUACAAGCCCACAGGUGUGGUCACCCACAGGAGAUAUAAUUGCCUCUCGCGAUGAACGGAUUGCGAUACCAGCUAUCAAGACUGUAAUUCUGCCUGAAAUGAAAAGAAGAGGAGCAAAUAAAAUCAACUCUAAAGAACCUGCAGAGGAAGACUACUUCAGUCUUGGUGCAGAGGCUUGCAAUUUCAUGCAAACUCCAUCCAUCAAACAAAAACACCCUCCACCAGUCCUUCCCAAGCCUACAAUCAACCCACAUUGUCCACCAUGGUCUGCAGAAGAUAAUACCACUCGCAGUCCCCUUACACCAUCAAGUCCCCUUCCUGCACAACAGAAUUGGGCUCAACCUCAACCUCAGCCAGCUACCAAACCCUGGGCUCCUUCACCAACUCAGCCCAUACCACAACAUCAUGUGUCUGAGUAUUUACCAACCAAACCAUCAGCUUCAUAUAAACCUACCUGGCCAUCAGAACCACAACAAGCACUCACUAUUGCAUCUCCUUUGCAGUCAAAGUUACCCUGGACUAAACCCCAAAUUGAUACCAGUUCUGUGGCUUCCUGCCCACCCCAACGAGGAAGCUCUUAUGUCCGUCGAUCCAAAGCACCACCAUUUUCUUCAAUCUCAGAAAUAGGGCCCUCUGAUGGUCCAAUCCUUAAGGGGAAAGGUGCAGAACUUUUUGCUAGGCGACAAUCCCGUAUGGAGAAGUUUAUAGUAGAUGCUGAGACUGUCCAGGCCAACAUUGCCAGGUCUCCCUCACCCACCCUGUCCAUGCCAAGCACCUGGAAAUAUUCUUCCAUUGUCCGAGCCCCUCCUCCUGUCUCCUAUAACCCCAUAGUGUCCCCUUUCUAUCCUUUGGCAGCACAGAAGCAAUCUCUUCCUGCAACUAGCUCAAAUAUGAAGCCCAAAGGAAACAUGGAGAAACCAAAGACAGCACCAAAACAUCUCAGUGUUAUGGAUGUGAUGAAGCAUCAGCCGUACCAGCUGGACUCAUCCCUCUUCACUUACAGCUCCAAAGCUGAAGCGAAGGCUUUGAGCCCCAAAACAUCCUCCAUUCCUCCUGCAGAGUCCAUGAGGAACCAGGUCUAUAGCCCUAACUAUCUCCAUGCCUCAUCCCCGGCCCCAUCUGCAGGAAGUGGCCAGUCUUUUCAACAAGGUGCUCUGGCUAAGCCCAGUGGACCGGUCUACAGCCGGAGCCGUUCCAUGUCUCUGCCCCGGAGACAAUCCUCCAUGUCCGCCAUGCCUCUGGUGUCCAGUCCAGGCUUCCAUCCCAGCCAUGGACUCAUGGACAGGCGAAUGUCCUGGGCUGAAUAUCCUGAAGCUCCUCCAAGCCCCCUCUGCCUGGCCAGUGAAGUCUUCAGCUCAGAAAAUCUCCAGAAUCCGAUGAGCAGUGGCUUCCACUCCAGUGUGCACAGAAGGUCACUGUCUGAGGAGAAGCCAGUGGUUUAUGGCCCACCGUUCAGGCCAGCACAGCCUCUCCCAUUUGGCAGCAGACAAACCAUGACCUGCUCUCUUCCCAGGAAUUUCUCCCCUCACUCCGAGUAUUCCCAAACGCACCGCGUCAGUUGGAGGAUGUAGAGGAAUUUGCUGCUGUGAUCCACCUCACGCUGUUCACUUUCACAGAGCACAGAGACAGAAAUCUAACUGCAAAUAUACAGAAACAGGAUGUUAGAGAUGCUGCAUGCAGGACUGAUGGAUGUGGUGAGAGAUGUAGAGUUGGAUCACAGAUGCUGGAGCUGGUGGUGGGUCUGAAUUUUAACACAAAGUAGAAAUGAAGACAAAAGAAUCAAAGGAUGUUUAUAAGUUUUAUUCACUUUAAAGGGUCAACUGAGCACAAAACACUCAAAUCUACCAAGUCAUCAAUAUACUGAAUAAUGUCUGAGUGAGAACUUAAUCUUACAGUUUGUAAGAAAUGCUGAGUGUGAAAUUUGCUUCUGGAGCUAUGAGGCUAAUGUUGCUAACAAUAACUGCAGUUACUCGCUAUUUCACGCAAAAUCAUUUAAUUGUAUCUCUGCAUUAAACCACAUCUGAGGAAGAUAUGUUACAUCACUAAACCCUGCCUUCUAGGUUCUGCCCUCUAAACCCCACCCUCUAGGUUCUGCCCACUAAACCCCACCCUCUAGGUUCUGCCCUCUAAAGCCCACCCUCUAGAUUCUGCCCUCUAAACCCCACCCUCUAGGUUCUGCCAUCUAAACCCCUGCCCUCUAGGUUCUGCCCUAUAAACCCCACUUUCUAGAUUCUGCCCUCUAAACUCCACCCUCUAGGUUCUACCCUCUAAACCCCACCAGGUUCUGCCCUCUAAAUUUCACCCUCUAGGUUCUGCUCUCUAAACUCCACCCUCUAGGUUCCAUGCUCUAAACCCCACCUUUUAGGUUCUGCCCUCUAAACUCCGUCCUCUAGGUUCUGCCUUCUAAACCCCACCCUCUAGGUUCUGCCCUUGAAACCACCCUCUAGGUUCUGCCCCCUAACCUCCACCCUCCAGGUUCUGCCCUCCAAACUCUGCCCUCUAGGUUUUGCCCUCUAAACCCUGCAAUCUAGGUUCUGCCCUCUAACCUCCACCCUCUAGGUUCUGCCCUCUAAACCCUGCCCUCUAGGUUCUGCCCUCUAACCUCCACCCUCUAGGUUCUGCCCUCUAACCUCCACCCUCUAGGUUCUGCCCUCUAACCUCCACCCUCUAGGUUCUGCCCUCUAACCUCCACCCUCUAGGUUCUGCCCUCUAAACCCUGCCCUCAAAACCACACCAUAGAAAGUUGAAGAAGAAAUUUCACACACGUGUCAGCUGAUUAAAGCAUGUUCAGUUAAAAUAAAUAUAAUUACAUUUUAAUUAAUAAGGGUGUAACUUGAAGAAAGAAUGUUGAAAGUAAUGAAUAUGAAAUAUCUUUACAGAAAGUCAGAAUUUUCUGGACUACAUGUUUGAUGGUGUGGAACUGAGUCACAUUUGAUUUUCUGCUGGUUUUGUUUUUAUUGUAUUUAUUAAUUUCUCAUUGCCUUAGAAAGAAGUUUAAUCUUUAUUUAAAAAAAAGAAAGAAAUGCUGAAGUCACGAGAGCUGAAGUUCUGCUCACAUUUGCUAUAUUUACUGACGUUUGUUCAUUUAUAAAAGUUUUGUUGUGAAAGUGAUGGAAUGUGAAGGCGUUACUCAGUGUGCAUCGAGGAUCUGCCACAAGUAAUUAUGUUACAGUUAAAUACAAAUAAACAA